AUGGAAGGGUUUAGGAACGUGAGGUCUAAAAAGCAGGAUGUAGGGGUUCUCUCCUCUGUUCUUUGCCACCCCUUUCCCCCACCCCUCUCCCCCAUGCCUCUCUCUAACGCUUCUCCCCCACUCCUCCCGCCCACAACACUCCACCAUGCCUUUCUCCACUUCCCUUACCCCUCCCCCCACCUCUUCCCCACGCCGCCACCGCCCACCCGGCCCGAGGAGCCAGUCUGCAAGGAGGCUGUGGGAACCGGUGGCCAGCGCAAGUCGCUGUACGCGGGGCUGUGGGCCGGCGCACAAACCAGCCGCCUUCCCAUUGGGCCGGCGCACAAGCCAGCCAGCCGGCCUGCCAUCAUGUGUGAGUGCCAGCUUGGCCGGGCGUCUACCACCAGCGCAGCGCAAGGGGCCUACGAGCGGCCAGAGAAAGGCACAGCCUGUUGGGCAAAGGGGGAGCAAAGGGGGGGCGUGUGGCCGGUUCAGGUAGGGGCAGGGCAGGACCUGCAGCGGAUAGGCUGGGUGCAGCAGGCGAGUAGGGUGGGUGCCAGGAGCAGGUGGCUUGGACAGGCGGGUGGGGUGGGUUCUAGGAGCAGGUGGCUUGAACAGGCGGGUGAGGUGGGUGGUGCGCGGCAGGAGCAUGCGCACUGGACUUCACGGGAUCCCGACUUGGUGGUGUCAGAUGCCGCUAAGGAGAAGUUUCGUUUGCUCAAGGGACGCUGUAUUGUUUUGGCGCAGUCUGAGAUCGUUUCCGCCAAGGACGACAUCACGAUCCGGGAGUUGGAACGACAGAGCAAGCAGGCUGACGAGGAUUUGAAGAAGGCUGCGGCAUCGGAGGAGGUGCAGGAGAUGGAACUCGAACCUGCGUUGGAGGAGAUCCUAAACAAGCGGAUUAAGAAGGUUGAGGACAAGCUACGCAAGGAAAUUUUGGCGAAGCUUGAAGCCAGCCUAUCGAAAAAGCUGCUGAAGGAUCUUUCUCUUAAGGUACAGGAACCGACGCGGGCCGCUGCUGCUGAUCUAAAGCAGAAGAAUCCUACGGGGAAGCAGGUUGCUGCUACUACCGCGGGACCAAAGCCGAGGAGGAAGCGUGGUGGUAAAAAGAAGAAACAGCAGAAUUCCGGCACCGACACCGACAAGCAGACGGGAGGCCAAGGCAAGACGGCCACGGCCAAGGGACCAAAAAACGGCGGAGGCGGCCCCGACAAAGGGCCGCGCAAGAAGAACUAA